GGCAGCUGUGAAAGAAAUAUGUGUGAGAAAGUGUUUUCACAUUUAAGUAUGAUAAUGUGCACAAGUGAGGAAGAGCAAGAGAGAGCACCUGCUUUCACACGUGGCAGUAUUUUAAUUUUGUUAGUUGGAGACAAGGGUCGCACACGGCACACAACUCACAGGUCGACAUGAAGGGAUAGCACACAAGCAAAAACAACAGGUUAUGGAUAAAGAAAGGGCAACACUGUUUUCAGAUGCUAUGAGCGUCCUUUAACUCGAGGGUGCAGCCAUUUUCAACACGCCACAUGGCUGACCAUACAUCUCCCGAGCCCGAGUCGCUCUCCUACACUCCCAUGUUUCGCCCUCAGACAGAAGGACAAAGGUCAAGCCACGACCUUUACCAGCAAGGUUCAAUGAGUGGGCUCGGCCAGUUUGAGGUCCCGUGUGAAGCCACGGAUGGCACCGGGAGCUCUAUGAAUGGAAUAGAUCAAUCAGCGAACACUGCUUACUGGGGGAAUAUGUCCCCUGUGUCCUCUAUUGGACUGAACAGGAACAAGGCACAAGCUGGAGUUUAUGAGACUGACUGGAGUUCUCACUGCCACCAACAAGAGGCAUCAGAGAGUUAUGAAACAACUGGGCAUCAGCAACAAAAACUGGAUUCUUUCUCCGAGGCAUUUUGCAGUCGUAGCACCUUCCGAAUGCAGGGCGGAGGAGAGCAGAGCGGCUUCAACAACUCUACUCCUCCUUCACAUACCCUCUCCUUCCCUCUGGUUCUUAGCCCACCGCCAACGCCCUUGCCUCCUCCAUCCUUUUCUCCUCCUAAACGACCUCAACACUUCUCGCCUGGCCAGAUCUUAAGCCAAUCACAGAUAGAUGGGUCACUGCAGUUCUUUCCCUCUUUACCUUCGCCCUCCACCGGCAGGUUCAAUCACCCCAUUUGGCUCCAGCUACAAGCUGACGACAACAACGGCCUGGACUUAACGCAGCACCUCCCGCAAGAUUCAAACUCAUCCAUGGUUUAUUCAGAGCAUGGAGGGCCUCAUCUGAAACAAAUAAACUCCCUGCAGAAAGACUGUUCACUGCGUAUGCCCCUCAACCCUGCACUGGUUCAGCAUCAUCAUCCUCAGGCCUGCUUGCAGCAAGAGCAGGGUCACGAGCCCGGGACAUCCGAAGAUCACAUGACAUGGCCUCAGUUUGGGCAAUCAUCCCGUUCAUUUGGACCUUCUCUGCAUCAGUCUAGUCUCCAUGUGCAGGGGUCAGGACCAGGAGAAGGAACAAGAUUCGGUUAUGGACUGAACUUCGGUCCUGGGUCCUCAGACAAACCUCUGGGGUCCUCCAGCACACAGAAUGUUCCAAGUUCCGUAUAUACUGGAGUCCCUUUCAGCAGUGUGAUCCAGAUGAGUAGAGAGCUCAUGGAGAACUGGGAAGAAAGUACACCUCACUAUACGCCACCUCCGAUGCUGAACCCAACACGUAGUGGAACGGGGCUCUUUUGCAACCUAUUGUCUUCCCUAGCUGUGGAAAACAGAGCACUGUGGACAGACGAGAGGAAAGAUGAUGACUCACAAAGGUGCAUAAAUAUAGGCCCAGAGUUCCAAGCUGAGCUGCCAGAUUUGAUAACAGGAAGAGAGCCUGAGGUGUGUCCAGAGGAACCAGUCAGGGAGGAGUUGUUAUGGAAACCCUGGGCAGAGCUAGAGGAAAAUGACACCCUUUUACAGCACGUGGAGAACCUUCUUGACCUGAGUGCCUCAAGUGUUCUACCAGGAGGUGGCGCCAAUUUGGAGCUUGCUCUUCAUAGCCUGUCUCACUGCCAGGGAAACAUUCUAGCAGCGCUGGAGAUGCUGUUGUUUAAAAACUCCCCUCCAUCAGAAAACUAUCACUAUUCUGGCAUGGAAAUAUGGGCUUUGAGUGAACAAAAACUGUUCCAUAAAGCAUUCACAAUUUAUGGAAAAGAUUUCUCCUUCAUACACAAAAUGGUGAGAACGAAGCAGGUGGCACAGUGUAUUGAAUUCUACUACAACUCCAAGAGGCUCUCAGAGAAACAAAACAAGCAGAGGGAGAGAGAAAAAGAAAGUCUGGAGGAAGAGAGAAUUGCAGCCAUCAUCAGUCAGGUAACGCCAGCCACAAAGAUGAUGGUUAACCAAGCCAGUAUUGACAGACUGAUUCACACCCCACCACUUCCCACAAGCUUUCCCUGUAAACAGUGCGGAAAGAUGUUCUAUAAAAUCAAAAGUAGAAAUGCUCACAUGAAGAUCCAUCGGCAGCAGCAAGAGGACUGGAGGGAAAAACUACGGAUACACCCAAACCAGCACCACAACCUUAACCUGACCAGAGCACUGGCUCAUCCAAACCAGCAAAUCCUAACCCAGACCCACCAUCAGAAUCACAUCCUGACCCAAAGUCUGAUUCAGAAUCUGGUUCAGUCACAGACCCAGUUGGCUUUUCUUCAAAGCACAAAGACUCAGAGUACAUGCCCAACAGGCAGUACCAGUUGCAUGGCUCCCACCCAGAAUCCACAGAUUGUGUCUAAAGCACCUCCCUUACAACUCCACACUGGACACCAGCAGACAUGGAGCUCCCUUCACAGUGUAGACGCAGGAGGCCUGUUCUAUAACAGAGGAUCCAUGGUAAACGGGCUCCAUUUGAGCAUACAGGACACUGUCAGUAAACCAUGGGCUGAUACCCAAUAACUGACAUACCAAAACGGACUUGUACAGUUUGUAAUUUGUUAAGAACUUAGAGAUAUUACUGCUUUCAAGAGCGUUUUUAAAGACUUCUCGAAUUUAAGAACCACUGUAAUGUG